CCUUGAGCUUCUUCUGUCACAAUCAACCAACAUCCUUGCUACGGACUUAAGCUCAAUCAUCGCUUAUAGUCAAUUGUAACAUCUCUUGUUGCAUAAAGGAAAAGAGUUCAUUCUUGGCGGUCUGCCUCGCCUAUCAAAACGACGAUCAUCUCGCAUUGGCAAACGGCUUAUAGGCCGAUCUGUGUGGGAUAUAAAAGACAACUUUACCGCAUUCACAACACAAAAAGGAUCAAUUGGGGAUCGCCAAACCUAAUCAAGCUUCAGCAUAGAGCAUAUACAAACAUGGCAUCAUCGGAAGCAGCACCUUCUGGGCCUGCUACAGGUGCCGAAGUGAAUGCAAACGGAGGUCCAAUUCAAUUGGAGAAUACGUCAAAGCGUGAUUUCCUGACAUCUUUGGAGAAAAAAUAUCAACAACAAUGGGAAGCCGAAAAAUUGUUCGAGGUAGACUCACCAAUGACAACCGAACAAGGUCUAGAAACUCUUUCACCAGAAGAGAUUCGGGAAAAAUACCCAAAAUGGUUGGGAACCUUUCCUUAUCCAUACAUGAACGGCUCUUUGCAUUUGGGACAUGCUUUCUCAAUGUCGAAAGUUGAUUUCAUGGACGGUUUCCAACGUAUGUUGGGCAAGCGUGCUUUGUUCCCUCUUGGUUUCCAUGCGACUGGUAUGCCUAUUCGUGCGUCUGCCGACAAAUUGAUUCGAGAGAUUGAAAUGUUUGGCAAAGACUUUAGCGGAUAUAAAGAGGAGGAAGAGCCAGAAGAAAAAUUGGAACCUGAUACUGACUUAAACGCAAGCAGUGUAACGCAAAGCAAUGUCGCCAAAGCCACAAAGGGAAAAUUGCAAGCAAAGAACACUGGUCUCAAAUAUCAAUUCCAAAUUCUUGAAUCAAUCGGUGUACCACGCAGUGAAAUCCACAAAUUUACCGAGGGAAAGCAGUGGUUGGACUACUUCCCACCGAUCGCAGUUGCAGAUUGCAAAUCCAUGGGUACAAGAAUUGAUUGGCGUCGUUCAUUCAUUACUACUGACAUGAACCCAUUCUAUGACACAUUUGUCCGCUGGCAAAUGAACAAGCUCAAAGCUAUGGAUAAGGUCAAAUUCGGUGAACGUUACACAAUCUACUCGCCUAAAGAUGGUCAACCAUGUAUGGACCACGAUCGAUCAGAAGGUGAGGCUCUAGGACCACAAGAGUACACAGGUCUCAAGAUGGAACUUGUACAAUGGAGUGCUUUGGCCGCGCCGGAAUUGGAUGCCAAGUUGCAAGGAAAGAAGGUCUAUUUGGUCGCUGCCACUCUUCGACCAGAAACUUGCUAUGGUCAAACGAAUUGUUUCGUCGGACCAAACAUCGAUUACUCCGUCUUUGCUGUGAAUGACACAGAGGUCUUUGUCACCACGCCAAGAGCAGCACGAAAUAUGACAUUCCAAGGAAUUACUGAAAAGCGUGGUGAAGUCAACACAAUUGCUACAAUCAAAGGAUCUCAAUUGGUCGGAACAAAAGUUCGUGCACCUUUUGCCAUUUGUGAUGAAGUUUACGUCCUUCCAAUGGAAACAGUUUUGGCAACAAAAGGAACAGGUGUUGUCACUUCUUGUCCAUCUGAUUCUCCCGAUGAUUUUGCUACCUGGACAGAACUGAGAAAGAAGCCCGAAUACUACAAGGUCGAUCCGGCAUGGGUUGCACAACCUCCUCAACCUGUGCUUUCGACACCCACUUACGGUGAAAUGACAGCCGAGGAAUUGGUCAAGAAGUUCAAGAUUCAAAGUCCCAAAGACAAGAUUGCAUUGGCUGAAGCAAAAGAAAUUGCCUACAAAGAAGGUUUCUACAGCGGUACAAUGGUAGUUGGACCGUUCAAAGGCUUGCCUGUUCAAGACGCCAAAGGAAAAGUACGUGAUGCUUUGUUGGAGGCCAAGCUCGGAUUGGCCUAUGCUGAACCCGAAGGAAAGAUUAUCAGCCGAAGUAACGAUGAAUGUGUUGUAGCUUUGUGCGAUCAAUGGUACAUGGAUUACGGAGAAGAUUCAUGGAAGGCAUCAGCACAAAAAGCUCUACGUGCUAUGAAUACUUUUGCCGAUGAAAUCUUGAACGCAUUCGAAGGAACUCUCAAUUGGCUACAUCAAUGGGCUUGUGCUCGUAGUUACGGAUUGGGUUCUAAAUUGCCUUGGGACAAAGAAUUCCUUGUGGAAAGUUUGAGUGAUUCAACAAUCUACAUGUCUUACUAUACCAUUGCACACUUGCUGCAAGAUGGUGACAUCUUUGGUUCAAAAGUGGGACCUCUAGGCGUCAAAGCGGAUGAUUUGACAGAUGAUGUUUGGGACUACAUCUUGGGAGAUGUUCAAUACCCUGCCGCAAGUGCAAACACAUCUGUUACCAAAGAAGUCGCUGAACGUCUUCGCCGCGAGUUCAGAUACUUCUAUCCUAUGGAUCUACGAUCGAGUGGAAAGGAUUUGAUCCCUAACCAUUUGUCUUUCUGCAUCUACAACCAUACAGCUCUGUUCCCUGAGAAACACUGGCCUCAAGCUAUUCGUAUCAAUGGACAUUUGAUGUUGAACGGAAAGAAGAUGAGCAAGAGUACCGGAAAUGCAUUGACACUUCGUCAAGCCGUUGACAAAUUCGGAGCAGAUGCCUGUCGUAUCAGUUUGGCAGAUGCAGGUGAUUCCAUCGAGGAUGCCAACUUUGAGGAAAAGUCUGCAAAUGCAAACAUCUUGCGUUUGCACACAUUGUUGGAUUGGUGUCAAGAGAUGAUUGAUAAUCAAGACAAACUACGAACGGGACCAAAGGAUAAUUUCUGGGACAAAGUGUUUGAGAAUGACUUGAAUACUUCCGUCGAACAGGUGAAGGGCUUCUAUGAUAACAUGCUAUUCAAGAGUGCAGUCAAAUACGGCUUCUACGAACUACAAGGAUAUCGUGACUCUUAUCGCGAAGCGACUGUGGAAGUGGGAAUGCAUCGUGAUUUGGUGAUGCAAUUCAUGCGCUUGCAAGCAUUGCUAAUGAUGCCAAUCGCUCCUCAUUUCUCUGAACAUAUCUGGCGUGGGAUCCUGGGCGAGAAGAGUACUAUUCAAUCGGCACGUUACCCAGAAGUGUCAGCACCGGUAAGCAAGCAAACUUCCGAAUCAGCAACAUACAUUCGUGGAUUGAUCAAAAACAUUCGUGACACAGAAUUGAUGAUUCUCAAAAGACGCAAUAAAGGAAAGAAGGAAGUCGGUGGAGACUACGAUGAGAAGAAGCCAAAGGCUGUCAAGGUCUUUGUGGCAAAACGUUUCCCGGAAUGGCAAGAUCGUACGGUAACAGCGAUUCGCAAAUGCUUCAAUGACGAAACAAAGACGAUUGAUAUGUCGAAAUUGAAGAACGAAUUGGUUGCUGCCAAUAUGAUCAAAGAUAAACGUCCAAUGCCUUUCGCACAACAAUUCAAAAAGAGAAUUGAAGAAUUUGGAGCAGAUGUUGCAUUCAAUCGUUUGUUGCCAUUUGAUGAAAUUGAAACAAUUCAAGCAGCAAGUUCAUACCUAAAAAGAACGAUCAACUUGCAAGAAUUGAACCUCAUUUCAGCCGAUGAGGUUUUGGCAAAGCCUGACGGACCCAAGGAAGCAGGUGUUGAUCCUCGAGCUCUUGAAAAUGCCGAGCCAGGAUCGCCAGCCUUUGUAUUCUACAACGUUUAAGAUACUCUAUUCUAAAAUUAUAUUCCUUUCAUACCUCGUC